AUGGACAGAACCAUAGAACCCUACUCUUCUUCCUCUCUACAUAUCUCAAACUGUGUCACUAUAAAGCUCACUGAGCAAAAUUAUUUUAUCUGGAAGUCACAGUUCGAAUCUUUCUUGCGCACUCAAUCUCUUCUCGGCUUUGUCAACGGUGCUGCUAAACCACCGAGUGAAAAGAUUCCCAUCCGCAACAACAACAAUGGCAAAGUCGAAGACAUACUCAACCCUGAUUUUGAGAGCUGGUCCAGAUCUGACCAAGUUGUGAAGGCAUGGCUGCUAGGUUCCAUGACCGAGAACGUUCUACGGUUGGUUAUCGGUUCUGUAACUGCUCAAGAGGUAUGGGACACUCUAAUCUCUCACUUCAACCGAACAUCCUCCUCUAGACUUUUUGAGUUACAACGUCGUCUGCAAAAUGCUGAGAAAUUAGAUAAAAGCAUGUCUGACUACCUUAGAGGAAUCAAAGAUAUUUGUGAUCAGCUAGCAUCUAUUGGAGAUCCGAUUAGUGAGAAAAUGAAAAUCUUUGCUGCAUUAAGAGGUUUAAGUCGUGAGUAUGAACCUAUAAUCACUGUCAUCGAGGACUCCAUGGAUCGAUCCCCUGCUCCCACCUAUGAUAACGUGAUAUCUCGUCUCACCGGAUAUGACGACAGAAUUCAAGGUUACUCUGCUUCAGCUGACAUCUCACCACACCUCGCGUUUCACACGUCAAGGUCUUCAGGCUAUCAACACCGUGGUCGUGGUAACAGAGGCAGAGGCAGAGGAUCUUACUCAACUCGGGGCCGAGGAUUCCAGCAACAGUUCUCGUCCACUACUUCAUCUCGACCAUCUACCAACAACUCCUCUGAAAAACCAGUACGUCAGAUUUGUGGAAAACGAGGUCAUAAUGCGUUUGAGUGUUGGUUUAGAUUUGAUGAAGAAUAUCAACAACCAGCUCAACCUGCGAUCAGUGCUUCUGCUUUCUUGGCUUUACACAUCCCUGAUGUAACCGAAGAUAACAGCUGGUAUCCUGAUUCAGCCGCUACUGCACACAUCACUAGUUCCACUCAACGACUGCAGCAAGCUCAACCAUACCAUGGCAGUGAUAUGGUGAUGGCAAGCGAUGGAAACUUUCUUCCCAUCACUCAUGUCGGCUCAGCUAAUCUCCCUUCAAUGUCAGGUAACAUCCCUCUUAAAGACGUCCUUGUUUGUCCUGAAAUAGCAAAGUCAUUACUGUCAGUUUCAAAGUUGACAAAAGACUAUCCAUGUGCGAUCACAUUUGAUGAUCUUGAUGUUGUUAUUAAGGACAAAGCAUCGCUCAAAGUUCUGACAAAGGGAAAGGAAAAUAAUGGGCUUUACUAG